GCUAAAUAUGAGUUUUGUGUCAAAAAAUUUACUUGAAAAUCUUCCAAUUCCAAAUUCACAUGUUGAACAAAUUAUUGAAAGAUUAGUGAAGGGUGAUAUGAAAUUUGUUGAUUUUAUAGAAUCUUUGAGAGAUAAAUUGACAGCAAGAGAGGCGGAGGUUAGAGGUGAGGGGAUUGGUGAACUCUGCUCUGUUUUUCUAAAUUUGACUAAAACAAAUGUUUCUGCAUUGGAAUCUGGAGAUUGUGAAUAUUUACUUAAUUUUUUGCUUUCUAAGGUGGAGGACUCUGCCCACUUGGUUGAUGCACUUAUAACGACAAUUUACAUUUUAUUAAUACAGUAUUCUGAUAGCCAGAAAAAACAAAUUCAGACAGAUUUAUUGGAACGUUUGUUAACUCAACUUUUUGAAAAUAAUGGAGUGCAAAGUUACAGUCGGAAAGAUCGACUUCUUCUUUUUGCAAUUUUUGAAUAUAUUUUGAAUUUAACUCUUGAAUCUCUUAUUUUUAGUCAAAAAAGAUUAAUUCUUGCAUUUAUACAUUCAGCACAAAGUGAAAGAGAUCCUCAAGUUCUUCUUGGGGUUUUAAAAAUUCAUCAAAUUUUGGCUAUCCAAUUAAAUGAAAAUGAUGACAAUUCAAUUACUUCUUUAAUGCUUAAACAUGCUCUCGAACUUUGUAUGACAUCAAAUGAAUUAUUUGUUUCUUUCUUUUUUCAAUUUAUUGUUGAAAAAUUAGUGGAAAGUGAUGCUGAUGCAGUUGGUGGUGGUGGGGGUGGUGAUUGUGAAUUACUUGACAAACAAUUGGAAAUUUGUGAAUUUUUUGUUUUUGCUUGUAAACGUUUUAAUUCAAUAUCUAGUGCAAUUGAUACAAAUUCUAUUGAUGAUUUGUUGACAGCUUUUCGUUUAAUUUUUAUGAAUCCUUCUCAAAAUUCUAUUUAUUUAACAAAAAGCACAAAAAUUGUUAAACAAAUUAUUUUUGUUCUAAAUAAAGAAUUUACUAAAAAUGGAAUUGAAAAAGUAAAAGAAUUAACUAAACAAAUGGUUAAUUCUACUUUAGAAAAUAUUGAACCUUUUAUUCUUCAAGCAGAAAUGGGAACAAUGGAAAAAAGUUUUUGUCUUUUAGAAUGUUUGGUUGAAGCAAGUUUGGAUUUAUUUGACUCUAUAAUUACUAAAAUAUUUUAUUGGAUUAAUAUUUUAAUUGAAGGUAAAACUCUCAGAGCAAAACAAAAUUGGAUUGAAAUAGCCUGUGAAGCAAUUAAUUUACUUCCUUAUUGGCUAAAUUUAUGUGUUGGUUUUAUCCCUCAAAAUUCAUUUAUUAAUUAUUCUCCUUCGAAAGAAAGAGUUGAGGAAAUUGUUACGAAUUCAAUAAUUCCUUUAAUUUCUGCUAUUUUUUCAUUAGAAGAUUCAGAAGAUAUUCAAAUUUUUAUAGGAAAAUGUCAUUUACUUUCUAUUCUUCUUUUACCAAUCUGCACAGAAUCUUCAAAAGAUUUGCCUUGCUUAAAAUUAUUUGGUAAUUCUUUAACAACAAAUAAACUUUUUAACAAUUAUUGUUUACAACAUUUUAAUAAUAUUCUUUUAACUUCUGAUUCUUCAAUUUUUGAUAAACAAAAAAAUAAUUUAAUCAAAAAAUUUAUUUCACUUUUUGUUGUUUACAAAAAAAUUAAUUUUGAUAAUUUGGAUUGUUUUAAUAAUUUUGAGAAUUUUAAUAACAAAAUUAUUUUUUUGUCUUCUUUUGUUUAUCCACAAUUGGAGAAAGAAAGGAAAUUAAUUAAAACUUUAAUUAAUAUUAAAAAUUAUUUUACAAAAAUUAUUUCAAAUAUUUUUGAACAAAUUAAUUUUGAAGAUAAAAAUUUAAUAAAUAAAUAUUGCUUGGCUAUUGAAGAAAUUUUUGAAAGAUUAAUUGAAAAUAAUUUUGAUUGUUUAGUAGAAGAAUUUUUGGAAGAAAUAAAGAAGGGAAUUUUGGAAAAUAAAAAAAUAAAUUUAAUUGAAAUUAGUGAUUUGGAGUCUUUUUCUAAUUUAUUUAGAAAAAUUGGAAUUUUACUUUACAAAAAUAACAAAAAAGAUUUACAUUUAAAAUUGUGUAAUUUGGUGCUAGAAAUAAUUACUAAAAAUAAUAAUUUAAAUGAAGAAAUAAAUAAAAGAAGAAUAUUUUUAUUUUCAAAAAUUUUUUUGUUUUUAUUUUUACAAACAGAUGAGAAGGAUUUAUUAAAUUCUUUUACAAAAAUAUUAUUUUCUUUAAAUUAUUCUGAGGAAAAUAAUUGGUUAAUUGAAUGUUUAUUUAAAAUAUAUUCUAAAUUUGUUUUUAAUUGUUUAUUAAAUAAUGAAGAGGACAAGGAGGGGAGUGAGGAAUUGGAGAAAUUACGUUUAUUGUUUUUUGAAAAUAUUUUGAAAUUAAAAGAGGAGGAGAAUAAGUUAAUUAAUUUUCGUUUGGAAUUAUUCGAAACUCGUUCAUUUCUUUUUUUAAAUAAAAAAGAAAGUCAAAUUAAAUUAAAUAAAUUAUUAAAACAAAUUGUUAAUUUAACUGAAGAUGAAGCUAAAAUAUUUGUUUUUAAUGCAAAAAUAGAAGAAUUAUUAAAUUUUGAUUUAAUAUUUUGUGAAUUUUCUUCUAUUUAUUUAAAUAUUUACAAACAAAUAAAAGAUCAAAAUGAGAAAAAAUUAAUUCUUUUAUGUUUGUUAGGCCCUUUAUUGAAAUUAAUUGAAAAUAUUCCAACAGAAUGUUUAUUUAAUGAAUUUAAUAAAUUAGCCCCUUUAAUUAGCGAUGCUCUUCCAAUUAUUUUUUUACAAAAAAAUUUUUCUUCAAUAAAUGAAUGUAUUUUAAAUAGUGUUAAAUUAAUUAUACAAAAAUUACCUUUUACUAAAAAGAAUUCUUCUCUUUUACAUUCAAUUAUUUUUAAUUUAACAGAAAUACCUCCAAAAGGAUUUUUAAUUGUAAAAAUUUUAAAAUAAAUUUUAAUUAUUUUUUUUCAGAAAAAUUAUUUAAUUAUUUUUGAAUGUUUGGAAUUAGUUGCAAAAAAUUCUUUUAAUUUAAUUAACACAAAAGAACAAUUUUUGGCUUCUCUUUAUUGGCGUGUUGUUAGAAUAUGUACACGGGCUAUUAACGAAAAUCCAAAAAGAUUGGUGCGUCAAAGGGCGGCUUCGGCUAGAAAUUUGUGGGAAUUGUUAUUUUGAUAAAUUUAAAAGAAAUAUUUAUCUAUUUAAAUCUCCAAAAUAAAAAGAUUAUUAUUAUUUUUCAAUUUAAUUGUUUUGUUUAGCUUUGGGAAUUAAAUAUAUAAAACAUUUUUUUAUUAAAGCUUUACUUUUAAUAUUUUCCCCUUUUUUUCUUCCAAUUAAAAAUAAUUUUAUUUUUUUAUUAGGUCAAAGCAAGAUAUUUUUCUCUCUGAAGACUUAUUGACCUCUAAGACUUUAACUUUUUAAAGGAAAUAUCAAAAGGGAAUUUUGAGGGAUUAAGGCGAUAUCGAUGGAUUUGGGGUGGUUGAAAGGGAGGGGAUAUAUAAAUUAUGUUGUGGGAAUUGUUAUUUUUGUGUUGUUAUUUCUCUAAUUAUCCAGAAUUAUGUUACACACUCACAAUGCCGCACCUUAGGUUCUAAAAUACAGAAUUGGGUACUUAUUUUCAUAGAGCCCCCAUAUUUAUCUCCUUAAUCCCUCUAAGUCCUUCGGUAUUCCCCUUUUCAAAAAUCUUCAGGGUUGUCCCCAUUUUUUAAAAAAAUAUUUUCAAAUAAAUACACAAUUAUUUUUUGACAUUUGAUUUUAUUUAUUUAGUUAAAAAUAUCCACCAAAAACUUUCAACACAAUUUGUUCCAAAAAAUCUUUUUCUUUUUUUCCUUUCUUUAAAUUUCUUUUCUUUACCUUGGCUUCUUUCACUUUUUUUCCUUUUAAAAAAUUUCCGCAGAUUUUAACUCAAUUCAUGUUUUGGCUUUUUCUUCCAUU